UGCGCGUAAAAUCGACGGAUAAAUGAUUAUUGAAUUUGAGCAGCAGCCUAAUCGAUACCGCCGUUCAUCUUUGACGGCGAGUAAGGGCGAAGCACCGCAAUAACAACAGAAAAGCUGAAGGCGACUUGCAGAGCCUCACUUUGCAAUCUGCGAAUUCUAGCGUAAAGUCGCACCAAGACGACCAAGUAACAUCUGUGCAAUAUGGGAAACUCCGUUGCGGGAUACGAUAGAACCGAUCAAAGGAUCUCCAGCAUCGAAAAAGAGUUACCUUUCUUAACACACCAUGGGCGGAAAAAAAGAUCACUAAUAUUCCAUUCUGGAACUUGGAAGCGAAUUGUUGAAUCUACAAGAAGACGAGGAACAAAAAUUAAGAUAAAUCCCUCCCUAUCAUGUCCAGAUAGCAAUAAACACCCGAUUAUCGCACAUCAAGGCGAUGGUCGACACUCUGCACAAGAGAAGUCACCGAUUGGACAAAACUUCGGAAAGUCUCAAUCCUGUUACGUCAUCAACACAAAGGCACUUCCGCCUCCCACAUACGUAACAAACGGAAAAAUGGGAAAUGUCGUCACGCAUCUCCAACAACCACCAACGCAAAAUGGAAAGGUUGCCCCUGCAGACGCAGGGACUAUUAUAAAUGGCCAAUACGACCAGCUCACUGCCAAACAUUUGGAGGCGUUAGGAGCUCUACCACCGAUUACAACAAACAAUCGAAAAAAUGUACGAGUACAGGACCAAAAAAGGAAUUCAUUGCCGACGAAAAACGCGAAUACAACUGACGGAAAUCAAGGACAUACUAACGGUACCAAGCAAGACGUUGUUCGAGCUGUCAAACCGGUUCAAACCGCUCAUGACCAGUCGAAAAAGACUUCUUCAGGCGCGCCAAGAAAAGUCGUCAUCCAGGCUUCGACCUCUGAACUCCUUCGAUGUUUGGGUGAAUUCGUGUGCUAUCGUUGUCACCGUCUUCCUGACCUCGACCCCACGGACGUCAUUUCCUGGAUUAGAGGUGUCGACAGAUCUCUGCUGGUACAAGGUUGGCAAGACAUUAGCUUCAUCAUGCCUUCUAGCGUGGUGUUUCUGUACAUGCUAUGUCGUGAAAUGGUCACGGAAAAUAUGCGCUCUGUUUUUGAAGUACAGGCGACCAUACUUACGUGUUUAUACAUGAGUUAUUCAUACAUGGGAAAUGAAAUCUCGUAUCCUCUUCGGCCUUUUCUUAUUGAAACCGAACGAGGCGUAUUCUGGUCUCGUUGCUGUGAAAUAAUGGCCAAACUAUCGGGUAAAAUGCUCCGUAUAAACAAGGAUGCUCAAUUUUUUACCUCCGUCUUCAGAGAGUUGAAGUCACAUGCCAGUAGCGGAGGUUACGCUCCUCAACGUCCACCUUUACCCUCUACACACGACCGGGUUCGGCACGAACAUUCCAGUUUUAUGCAAAAUUCUCAUCAUUCCUCGAUGCGCGCCAACGGGGUUAGGAUAGCUAUGCCUGCAGGAGGAAAAGUCGCAGUACGAUAACGUAAUCCUUUACGCAAAAUGGAUGGUGUUGCGUAAAGAGAUUGAGAACUUCCACUGACGCUUUUCAGGAUUGACGCAAUGGCGUAUUCUACGACCAGUAUCCGUGCACUACCACCUUCAGAUACUUAAAAAAUAUCUCCCCAAUGUCGCAUAAAUGCGAGUGCAUUUUACAAUUUGUUUUAACAGUUUUAAUAAGAGCUAAAAACGUGGCGGGUUUUGUUAAAACUGGCAUGACAUCAAUAAGUUCAACCUACGUUCACUUCACAGGACGACUUACGUCUUUGUUCUUUUAUUAUUAUAAAUAUUUAUUAUAUAAUUGUAAUGCACGCAUUCCCGACGUGUUAUCACUACACGAUUUGGUCCAGGAAUUGAUUCCAGUCUUCGCCAUUUGAGACAUAAAGAAUGACUAAAUGUCGGUCGUGAUUUGCCUAGAACAUUUUCAACACGAUAAAUUAUUAUAGAACAUUUUUAAAAUUUGCACAUUUUUUUGCUGAAUCUAUUAUUUUAUGUUAUUUUUUUUUUCAUUAUUUUUCUUUUUGUUUUAUGUCAAAUAUUGACUUAAAAUUGUCAUUGAUUUGUUGUUUUUUCAUUGAAAUUUUAAAUGAAAUAUCAGAAUAUCUAGUUAGCCUCCGAAAAUUCAAUUAUUCAUAUCAUGGGAUGCGUGUUGAUUGACACUUGAUUACCUAAUUGAUGUUUGGGAAGAACUCAUUGAAAUUUUUUGUCAAAGUAGUGUCUACUAAAUAUAAAAUUUACGAAUUGCUAAUGCGAUGCAUAUACUUCUAGUUCACAAAGAUUGUAUAAUAUCGAAGAGUAAUAUCGUAUUAUUGUAUUUUUUCUACACGUAAAUAAUCACAGGCUAUUUUUAUUCUAAUUAGGUUCAUCAAAAAAUUAGGAUAAUACCCCCUGCAAUUAGAGUUUUCUCCAGUCUAUUCAAAAAUAUUUUAGUGUGUCUUGCAACCAACCUCCUUAAUACUUUAUGGCUUAUGCAAAUCAGAACCACGGCCAAAACACGCGGAUAUCCGAAAUAGUCAAUGAUCAAUUAGUGUCGAAGUCUUUCGCUAUACCUCGCCUUACGCAUUAUCUAAUAUACAAGCACGUACCACGCGUCGAAAGCCGCCUUUUUGUAUGGCCUUUGCUUGAUUAGUUAUACGUUGUUAAUUCACUCUGAUUAGGUGUCACAACAAUCGUUAUGAAAGCGCGACAAUUGGUCAGAUCUCGUUUUGAAAUUGAUAUUUAGCGUCAAAAAUCAUGGCGACAAUGUCUCAAACGCCACACCGGCGCGAUUUAUCAAUUCUGUCAGAAAUGAAGCCAAAGCCUUUACAUAAUUGUAUAUUAUCAAUCAUAUAUUGAAACGGCACAAUAUGACUUUCCCGAGUACUUAACAGUCAAAUACUCACAAAUUUGCAAAAAUAAAAAAUAAAUGAAAUCUGGAAAAAAUUGUUACAAAUGUCAGAAAUUUGAAAAUAAAAAUAUUUUAUAUAUACAUGCCAGACCAAGAUUAAAUUAUUCGCAUUCAGCCAUGGUAAUGAUUCGAUCUCUUGUGACAACUAGAUGAAUUCCACCCGUGCUGUUGUUCCAGUGUUGUGUCUAACUUUGGUAUACAUAUGGUUUUCUGGACCAAACUGUUAAAAGAAAGCGCAAAGAUACCAACUGUUUUAAGCGUUCUAACCGUGUAAAAAUACCAAAAUGGAUAUGGAUAAUUUAUUGGAUAUGUUCCACCAUAUAGGCACACCGUUUCCGCGGCAAAUAUGUUUUUUUAUCAACUGAUAACAGACGUAAUAAUAAAAACAUUUUGAUUAUUACCAAACAAAUAUGAAAUUGUAGGAGGAAAUUUGAUUAAAAAAUUGUUGUUUUAGGUAUGCGCCAUACGUGAUCUGCGCCUAAUCUUAGCGGGAUAUUUAAGGCCCAUACCAGGGUCUGUAAAAAGCUUGCGAACUGUAAGUCAGUAUCGAUUGUCCAAUGACUAGCCAAUCGAAGCCCAAAACCCAAUGACUAGCAGUUAUGCGUUAUGCUCACCAAAAGCGUUAUAAAUGCCAGGGAUAAAAUUCUCUUUCCAAAAUUCUGAAAUAUUUUGUCCUUCACUAUUUAGUAAUAAUCAUUCAGCAAACCUUAGAUCACUUGAGGAAUGCCAAAUUUUCCAAUUUUGUCACCUUUUGGUAUAUAAAUUCAAAUUAACCAUAUUUAGAAAACUGUUAAUUAUUUCGGCACUGUCAAGAUGGUAACGUGUAUAGUGUGGGCGCGUAGGAACACUUCGUGACGUCACUUCCGCACGCUUGGCUAACGCGCGUGUUAUACUGAACGCUCAGUCUCAAAAUAUAAUACGUUUCGCAACUCAAAUUUUUAUCUUCGGCCAUUGGUACUCUAUCAUACCAAUUGAUAUUUAUAACCCUUUAUGUGAGGCCACAUAUGAUUCUGUAAAAACCUAUCAGCUCCAUUAACAUAUUGAAUCAUACCGACUUCCUGCCUCCGUCGCCCACACUAUGUUAUGAAUGGUUGGUUGCUAUAUUACCACGUAUUUAAUUUGAGUUUAAUGGCCAAUAUACUAACUAAUUUCCUUAUUCGCCAUUGUAUCAGGCAUAUCGUUCGUAAGGCAAUGAUGAACCUUCAUAGAUAGAAUUACAGUUUAAUUCGAUUCGAAGUACAGUUACAGUUAAGAAGGGUUCCUUAAAAUUUGAAUACAAAGAUUAUUACACAUUCCAUUUUUCUAUUUAUUGUUGCAUAAAACCAACGUCAUUAUGUGCAAUAUUAAAAUGAUAAACACUGUCAAAAAUAUGUAACAUUUACUAAUUUUUCACGGUGAUUUAGUCCAAAGAAAUUGAACUUGAAGACAUGCCCAUUUUUCGAACAUCGAUUCAUACAUGGCCAAGCACCAAAAGCAGGGUGCUAAUUUUGGCCAAUGAAAAUGUCGGUGAAAUUUUGGCUAACCUGAAGAUGACAGUUCUAUUGCUUAUUAUGACGUAACCAAGGUCCAACAAUUAUUAUCCCAAUUUCGUUCUUUAUAUUUUAAUCAUCGUUAUCGUGUAUUAUUAUUUUUUGCUUUGAUUGGCACAUGCUUCUUCACGCUAUUUGAUAUCUCUAUCAUUAUUAUUAUUACGAUUGAAAACUGUUACAGCCAAAAAGUUACUAUCAAAUGACAGAAAUGUGGAUGUUUUUUUAUUACUCUGAGGUCUUCGAUGAAUAAAUUCAGGAUUUCUUGUGACAGGCAUCUAUGUUCCACCACCAGUUAUUUGAUAAUAAUUUUUUGGUUGAAUAUAAUUCUUAUUAUUUGAUUUUUCUUAAUUGUGGCUGUUUUCUCCUUUCUCUCUUUGCGCUGUAUGCGAGCAAUAUAAAGUACUUCUCACUGAA